AUGCAGAUCUUUGUUAAAACUCUCACCGGCAAGACCAUUACCCUUGAGGUCGAGUCAUCAGAUACUAUCGACAACGUUAAGAGCAAGAUCCAGGACAAGGAGGGAAUUCCCCCGGACCAGCAGCGUCUCAUCUUUGCAGGCAAACAACUCGAAGAUGGUCGGACAUUAUCCGAUUACAAUAUCCAGAAGGAGUCCACCCUUCACUUGGUUCUUCGCCUACGUGGAGGAAUGCAGAUUUUUGUCAAAACUUUGACCGGAAAGACCAUUACUCUUGAGGUUGAGUCUUCGGAUACGAUCGACAACGUCAAGAGCAAAAUCCAAGACAAAGAGGGCAUUCCCCCAGAUCAACAGCGUCUUAUCUUUGCCGGCAAGCAGCUUGAGGACGGCCGCACUCUUUCGGAUUACAAUAUUCAAAAAGAAUCAACCCUCCAUCUUGUCCUCCGCCUUCGUGGUGGUAUGCAGAUCUUUGUCAAGACUCUGACUGGGAAGACCAUUACCUUGGAGGUCGAAUCAUCGGACACUAUCGAUAAUGUCAAGAGCAAAAUCCAAGAUAAAGAGGGCAUCCCACCGGACCAACAGCGUCUCAUUUUCGCUGGUAAGCAGCUUGAAGAUGGACGAACCCUCUCUGAUUACAACAUCCAGAAAGAAUCCACCUUACAUCUUGUCCUUCGCCUUCGUGGUGGUAUGCAGAUUUUUGUUAAAACCCUUACUGGCAAGACAAUCACCUUGGAGGUCGAGUCCUCUGAUACCAUCGAUAAUGUGAAGUCGAAGAUCCAGGACAAGGAGGGAAUCCCGCCAGACCAGCAGCGCUUGAUCUUUGCUGGAAAGCAGCUUGAAGAUGGUCGUACUCUGUCAGACUACAACAUUCAAAAGGAAUCUACCCUUCAUCUGGUCCUCCGUCUCCGUGGUGGUAUGCAGAUCUUUGUCAAGACAUUGACUGGAAAAACCAUUACCUUGGAAGUUGAGAGUUCAGACACCAUCGACAACGUGAAGAGCAAAAUUCAGGACAAAGAAGGAAUUCCUCCAGACCAGCAGCGCCUUAUCUUCGCUGGUAAGCAGCUCGAGGAUGGGCGUACGUUGAGCGACUACAACAUUCAGAAAGAAUCGACUCUACACUUGGUACUUCGUCUCCGUGGGGGGUUGUAA